UCGUUCAGUCUCAAUACUCGGUUUCAUUUCAUCAUCUAGAAAAACCGAAAAAUCCUGGUCAUCGGCAUAAUUUUUGUUUAUAUACUUUAUCACUCACUUAAACUUAAUUAGCAGCGGCGGAUGGGUGUCUUUUGGUUAUCAAAGUCCUCACGUCAUAAUUGUUGAAGCCAUCUUUUCACUCAAAACUAAAACUAUGAUGGCUCAUAGAUUCGUCCUCACCCCUUGUCGCCAAUUGGAUCGAGUCCUCCGGCGUAGUCUUAUCACCGGUGAUGCUUCACAUAUAUAUCGAAGAUUCCCCGAAAUUCAUCGCAUUCUAUCCCAGGUUCGAGUCUACUUUGGAGAUAAGCCACCACCCAAGGGGUUUGAAAAGUUCUUCCGUCCUUCUAAAUCUGGGGACAAGGCACCCCCUUCAAAAUCGGGGGAUGGAAAGGAAGCCGGGACAAAGAAAUCAGGAGAAAAUGCCCCACCACCGCCACCCUCACGAGCGGCUUCAUCUUCAGGACCAACAAACACACCGCCGCCUUCAUCGGCCAGACCGCCUGGCGAUCCAUGGUCUUCUUUUCUAGGGGGUGGUGGACCCCGUGGCGGAAGUACCGGUGGUGGUAAACAGGGAGGACUGGGAUCGGAGGGAGGGGACAAGAUGAUCUUCCUCUCCGUGGUGGCCACAAUUGGACUGCUUGGCACUUUUGCCUACUACGAGAUGAGUUAUAAGGAAAUCACAUGGAAGGAUUUUGUUAAUAAUUUUAUGGCUCGAAAUAUUGUGGAAAAAUUAGAAGUCGUGAAUAAGAAAUGGGUUCGUGUGCGUCUCAACCCUGGACAAAAUGUAGAUGGUUCUAGCAUUCUCUGGUUUAAUAUCGGAUCGGUGGACUCUUUCGAGCGGAAUUUGGAGAACGCUCAAAUGGAAAUGGGCAUUGAGGGCUCCAAUUUUAUCCCAGUCAUUUACAAAACAGAAAUUGAAGCUGCCAGUUUGACCGGUGUUCUUCCAACCAUCCUCAUUAUUGGAUUUCUCCUCUACAUGAUGAGACGGUCAGCAGAAAUGAUGGGUGGUGCUGGUCGAGGUGGGAGAAGGGGUGGAAUUUUUGGAUCUGUUAUGGAGUCCACGGCCAAACUAAUUAACUCAAGUGACAUAGGGGUCAGAUUCAAGGACGUCGCCGGGUGUGAAGAAGCUAAAGUGGAAAUCAUGGAAUUUGUAAACUUUCUCAAGAAUCCGAAUCAAUACUAUGAACUUGGUGCAAAGAUCCCAAAGGGUGCCAUCCUCACCGGCCCACCUGGAACGGGUAAAACACUGUUGGCCAAAGCAACUGCCGGAGAAGCAAACGUGCCUUUCAUCACGGUUUCAGGAUCAGAGUUUUUAGAAAUGUUUGUUGGCGUGGGUCCUUCCCGGGUUCGGGACAUGUUCGCCAUGGCCAGAAAACACGCCCCGUGUAUCCUCUUUAUUGACGAGAUUGAUGCAGUGGGAAGGAAGCGAGGGGGUCGUAGUUUUGGAGGUCAUUCAGAGCAGGAAAAUACCCUCAAUCAACUCCUAGUCGAAAUGGACGGUUUCAAUACGACAACAAACGUGGUGGUGAUGGCAGCAACUAAUCGAAUUGAUAUCCUGGACAGCGCAUUGCUUCGGCCAGGUCGGUUUGAUAGACAGAUUUUCGUUCCAGCCCCAGAUAUCAAGGGUCGCGCCAGUAUAUUCAAAGUUCAUCUCAAACCUUUAAAAUCCGAGUUGGAUAAAAAUGAUUUGUCAAGAAAGAUGGCUGCGCUAACUCCAGGAUUCACGGGUGCGGACAUAUCCAACGUCUGCAACGAGGCGGCGCUGAUUGCUGCACGUGACAUGAACACAACGAUAAGUUUGAAACAUUUUGAACAAGCCAUUGAACGUGUCGUUGCUGGGAUGGAGAAGAAAACAAAUGUCCUUCAACCGGAUGAGAAGAAGACUGUGGCAUAUCAUGAAGCGGGGCAUGCCGUAGCCGGAUGGUUCCUGAAACAUGCGGAUCCUCUCCUUAAAGUGUCCAUAAUUCCGAGAGGAAAAGGUUUAGGUUACGCCCAGUAUCUUCCUAAGGAGCAAUAUUUAUAUACUAAAGAACAGUUAUUUGACCGAAUGUGUAUGACGCUCGGAGGAAGAGUGAGUGAGCAGAUAUUUUUUGGCAGGAUCACCACGGGAGCUCAAGAUGAUUUGAAGAAAGUGACGCAGAGUGCGUAUGCUCAGAUUGUUCACUAUGGAAUGAAUGACAAAGUGGGCAAUGUGAGUUUUGACAUGCCACAACCUGGUGAAAUGGUGAUGGACAAGCCAUACUCGGAAGAGACUGCACAGCUUAUCGACACUGAAGUUCGCGUACUGAUCUCGACCGCUUACGAAUACACUCACAAACUCCUCACAGAACACAAGCAAGAUGUUCUUAAGGUGGCUGAACGUUUGUUGAAGCAAGAGAUUCUAAGUCGAGAUGACAUGAUUGAGCUGCUAGGAAAACGACCCUUCCCAGAAAAAUCGACAUACGAGGAAUUUGUAGAAGGGACGGGUUCAUUUGAAGAGAAUACAGAACUCCCCGAAGGCCUCAAGGAGUGGAACAAGGCUCGUCCCGAAGAGAAAGGAACCCCUCCACCACAAGCCGCAACCCCUGCGUCAACUUAGUCAAAUCAUCAUGCACUUUUAUAGGAAAUCAAACAAUAACCUGAUAAUAAAAAUUAUAGUUGAACCCGUUCAAGAAUGCAA